AUUCAUAAACAUAUUACUCAUUUUAGCUUAGCAAGGAAAUCGUAAUUACCAUUCUAUACAACGCUGAAUAAAAUCAAUUAACCAGAGCGCCAUCUAGCGAGUCUCUAAAGUCUGGAAGCAUUUUGCAAAUAAAUAUUUUAUUUUACCAGUUAUAUAGGACUAAGGAACAAUGGGUCCACCCAAGAAGAAACAAAAGACGCAACAAACAACUACUACCACUUGUGAGAUAUGUGAAAUCACUCUCAACUCAGACCUUCAGCGUGAACAACACUACAAUGGUGCUAAACAUAUGAAGAAAAUGAAAGCAAAGGGUGUGCAAUCUCCUACAACUCCUAAUGCACCUAUUGCACCUAAUAUACCAGCUGAACCUGCUACACCGACCACAGAAAGCAAUUCCUCAGUAUCUGAAAGUAAUGGAAACAACAGUGCUGAAAACAGUGCCAAUCAGGCAGACAACAGUGCCAAUCAGGCAGACAACAGUGCCAAUGGAAGCACUUCCACCAACCCAGUCCCUAUUUCCCCUCAG